AUGUCUACUAGAAGCGGUCGAAUUAGAGCUAGCGUUAUAGAAGUGAGUCCUCCCAGAACGCGUAAAGGUGUAUCACCGACGCGUUCUCCCGCCAGAACGCGGAAAAGUUCGCCGCCGCCGUCCGCGAAAACUCCGCCUCCUGCACGCUCACGUUCGUCUGGUCGCAAAUCUCCAGCGCGGAAAUCACCCAGCAGAAAACCAGCAUCUAAAUUUCCUGCCCGCAAGUCGCCUUCUAGAACUACUAAAGAGACAACAGAAGUUGAGGUAUUGUCCAGUGUACCAAAGUCUCCGGCAAAACGACCUCCUAUAGACCUCGGUGUUUCGAUCAAACUAGAAGAUUUAUCCUCUAAACUAGAUUCCUAUCGCCGUUCUACCCGGUCGAAGCGAUUGGAAUAUUCCGUGAAAGAUCUGACAUCCAGCAUUACAGAGAAUGAGUAUUCCCUUGACAAGGCGAAUGGCUUAGAUUCAGGCGACAUAUACAGCCUGAGAAACAGGCGGCCAGUCGAGGAGGUCGCGCCGCGCAGGUCUAGUAGGCUACGGGAAUUCAUUGACAAUGUCCCUGACAUCAGGCGGAGUCUUAGCAAAUCUUUAAGUCAGAGUAAAUCUGUAAGCAAAUCUGCCAGUAAAUCUUUAGAAACAUACUCGGAUGAGGACAAUUCUGAGGAAGAGUACCACAAAGAAAGGGAGAAGUCGAAGUCUGUGACAAGGAGGUUGGCGACUCCACUGCGGAACAGCAUCAAUAGCUUGACCCAUACAGCAAGCAAGUGGGAGUUUGGUGGUAGAAUUGGGUCCCUCGGUUUAAUUUUACUGAUACCUGCAACAGUAUUUUCUAUUUUAAUAUCUUGUAGGAAAUCUUGUUCACCAUUAUCAUUAUUAGAUCUGUCUGCAUACAAAUCUGUGCAAGUUUUGUUUAGUUUACACUCAUUGUACUUCCUCGUUGUGCAAUGUGUAAUCCAAGCUAUAUUUGCAAUUGUACCAGUAUUUGGUAUAAGUUCAGACCGCAUGGAUGAGUCUGGUACAAGACACUGUUUUAAUGCAUUUUUCUCCAGCUUGGUGACAAUAAGUAGCCUCUUUGUUCUCGAUUACUUCCAUGUUAUUAACAAGGGGACACUACUGAAUGAAUGUCUGACACUUGCAGUAAUUUCAUACAUUUUUGCUGUUGUACUGAGCAUUGUGUUGUAUGUGAAGAGUAGUAAACUUGCAAAGGACAAGUUGAAUCAGUAUGGAACCACUGGAUAUACAUUGUAUGACUUUUUCAUGGGAAGGGAAAUUCAUCCAUUUAUCAAGAAACUGGAUAUUAAGAUUUGGAUUUCAAGAAUUUGUAACAUUACUUCUCUCAUUUUACUGUCCCUGAUCUUCACACAAGGGCUUUCAAUACGAUUGCCUCACAAACAUGACCUGUCAUUGGAAAACUGGAGACAGUUUGUGGAUAGCAUGGAGUUGAAGCCAACAAUACUUGUGUUUGCUAUAAUGCAGAUUGUAUACAUUCUAAACUUUAUAAUGAAGGAGCACAAGAUCACGACGACGUUUUACUGGCAUUCAGAAGGGGUAGGGUACCUUCAGGCAGUCGCAAGUGCACUGUACCCAUACUACUUCACAACAAUAUCUAAACAUGUGGCAGACACAGACUUAGUUCUGUCUACUAACACCUUAAUCUCUGCUUCUCUACUAUAUGUGCUGGGAUUCUUUAUAAUGCUUGCUAGUAACAAUAUUAAACACGAAUUCAGGAAAAAUCCUCUACAUCUGAGCUUGGCAAACGUAGACUCCAUGCCGACGUUCCAUGGAAAGAAGCUGUUGGUCUCUAAUUUAUGGGGAAUCCUGCGUCAUCCGAACUAUACAGGUGACAUAUUGAUUCAUAGCGCUCUAGCAUUGCCUGGGAUCAUCUCUAGACAGUAUAUAGCGGCAGUUCCGGCCAUCCUGACGAUCUUAGUACUGAUGCAUCGUGCGUGGCGGGACCAUGAACGGUGCAAGAGGCGCUACGGAGCAGCCUGGCAGAGAUACUGUAAGAGAGUACCAUCAGUACUCUUACCGAAAAUUCUUUAA